UUCUUUUUACUAUUUUACCUUGACUCAUGUACUACUUGACAUGGGAAAAAAUAUGGCUAGUGGCUGAGUAUUCCACGUGGGACUUCAUAUUUUCUACUUGUUUAACUUGAGAAAUGCAAUUUGUAAGGGUUUUAUGAUUAAUCGAAACAAUGGUUCAGGCAUUAGAUGAAAUAAUAUCCAAAGAUUUGCCCCAGGCAUUUCAACUGUUACGAGAGAUGAAUGAGAGUGUGCAGCAAGUUACACAGUUAGUUGACAACAUGCUUGCCCGGGUGAAAAGAGGAGAAAUUUCCACAGACAAAGGUUUGAGCUUUUUAGAAAUGAAGUAUCACAUGCUUCUGAGCUACCUCAUCAACCUGACAUACGUUGUCUUGCGAAAGUGUUCUGGUAAAAUGAUUGAAGGAGAUCCAGCCAUAGAUCGUCUGGUUGAAAUACGCACAGUACUGGAGAAAAUGCGUCCCAUCGAUCACAAAUUGAAACAUCAAAUUGACAAAUUAGUGAAGACUGCAGCUACGGGCCCUACAGGAGGAUCUGAUCCAACUCACUUCCGUGCACAUCCGGAAAACAUGAUAAGUAAGGUGGAUGAUUCAGAAGAAAGUGAGUCAGAUGGUGAAGAUGAUAAGGCAGACAAUAAACAAGACAAGAUGAAGAAGGGAGUGUAUGUCCCACCCAAACUUGCUGCUGUUCAUUAUGAUGGUGAUGAGAGUUGGUUGGAGAAACAGCAACGUGCUCUUGAACGUGCUAGAAAACGGGCCUUGGGCAGCUCCGUAAUGCAGGAACUGCAAGAAGAGUACUUCGAUCGCCCGUCAGAAGUAUCGCAUCGUGACGUAGCUAAGGCAACGCUGGCGCAACAACAUCGCCAUAAGGAGGAGUAUGAGGAGAGCUACUUUACGCGACUCCCGACGACAAAACAAGAGCAUCACAGGGGUCGCAAAAUUACCACACUUGGUACCUUAGGGGAUGAACUUACCCGGUUUGGGGAUUUUCGUGCUCUUGAAGGAGGUGCAGGUGCAUCUGGACCUUCAGGGGCUCCAAAGAAAAGAACAAAUUUCAGAGGAACAAAGAAUUUUAAGAAGAGGCGACUCCACUGAGCCCUGAUUUGUGUCAUCUGACUAGCAGCGCCAUUUUGUUCGGACAUCUCUUUGUUCUCAUCGCAUAACAGAUAUGUGCAGUUCAGAAUGGAAGGUUUGUGGUGAAUAAUCAAUUAGAAGCUGCUUUGAAAAGUGGGACCAUCUCAGAGGAUUGCCAGAGCUGUGGUACAUUGAUUUUUUCUUAACAUUUGUUACAUUUCACACAUCUUUUCAUUUUUGCUUCCUUCUUUACAUACAGUCUACGGAGUAUUUUGUGUGGUAUUUAUGUUUAUCUGCAGUUGGGUACUAGUGGAAAUUGGAUCUGGCAAUCGUAUUUUAGUGUAACUAAUUUCUAACGAUUCUUUGGUGAUUAGUUUACCAUUUAAUGUGCAGUAAACCCACAAUUCAAUGGAUUAAUACGGGGGAGGGGGUGCCUGGUAAUGCUGAUCGUUUGUUAGAUUGCAUUGUUAUUUUUACAAUGCCAGUAAUGUGUCCUUAGACCAUAAUUUCCAUUAGGAACACCAUUUUUUCAGUUAAUAAUAUAAUGUGCACGUGUACAAUAGCACAAGGUUCAUUACACACUACAGUGUGAAGAGAUAAUUAAGUGCAAAAAAAUCCAGUGGUAAUUAUCAGGCAUUUUUUAUUUUAAUAAAGUCUUUUAAAACUGAAAAUGUCUGCUAACACCAUGUGUCCAUUAAAUCGAUGGUUUACUGUAUCGUGUCUUUCAUCUUCACUGUGGAAAAAUAAUGGGAAAAUACCAAUCCUUGUGCCUGGACAGGAUUAUUAACCGUACAAUACAGUUAACAUUAUAAAAUCUACUCCUAAAACUAAAAUUUUAAACAAAGCUAUGAUAUGUCUGUCCUGAUUAAAAGCCAUGCCUUGAGAUUUGUGUAGGUGAGCCAUAUUCAUUCUCUUCUCAAGCAGAAUCAACAUGGCACCAUUAGCAUUUGUGUCUUGACUUGUAUGCAGUGACAAGUGCGUGCAAGACACAGAUUUUUAUUUGAGUCUUACUACUUAAUAUCUUCACUAUUUGGAAGUGUUCAGUUUGUAUAACCAUAGAUGAUUGCUCCUGAAUAGAACAGUAAUUGUAAUAAUUUAUUAUCUUGGCAAGUUAUUUCAUACUUGCACGUACAAUAGUUUAGAGAAGUACCUCAUUCAAUAAGGAAAUCAGGAACUCUCAUCCAGACAUUGUCUUUGAGUAGCAGCUUUGGGAUGGAAUGGCUGGACGCAAUAUUGUUACUCGUCAUUUUUUCCCUUACCAAGACUUUUAUUGUAGAUUAGCAGAAUUUAUUACCAUUCACUAAUACUGGGUUAUUAUUGCCAGGCUAAUCUUGCAGUCUUGCUAGACUUACAGCUUUCAUGAUUGUGAGAAACGUGGAUUGUGAUCUUCUGGUUUAUGAUACUGUAGUCUUGAAUGUGGUUACCAACAUUUCAGAGGAACAUAUCCCUUGCCUCUUCAGGAAGAUUGUUUGAAAUAUCUGUAACCGGUUGCGAGACGACACGGCCUCGUGACCCAGAACACGGUCUGUAACCUUGUCUUGCUGGAGCCGUUUAGGUGUAAAUAAAAGUAACGUUAUUGUGCGGUUACUCGUUGUUAAUGUCUGUUGUUUUGACUGUCGUCAUGUUGCCGUUGUACGUUGGGGAUGGAGACGAGCUGAAAAUACUAAACUGUCGCUUCAUUGUUACAUCAGUGUCGGCGAGUGACACAGACCAUAGGCCUGUACAGGAUACAUCAAUACAUACUUUUGCAAUUAAAUAUUUUUGAUACCCAGUAGACAACAUUAUUCUUGAGAUUGUUGAAGGAAUUGUAGUGCACGGACAGUUAGUUGCAUUGUGUUAAUAAUGUUUGUGAACAUUACAGUUUAUGAAAACGGAGUAACUUCAGAUGCAACAUCAAAAGAAGUAGUUUCUUCCAUGUGUUGUGCGUAUGUGUUAUCACAUCAUCUUUCUCCUCCCGAGAUGUUUCCACUUCAUGCGAGUCCUCUAUAGGAGCUGAGAGUAGUGCCAAGUAUAACACAAGUGUAUCGUGCCAUACGCAUUUCAACCUCAUGAGGUGAUCAUCAGUGGCAUAUUAAAAUCAGUCCAUAUAACAAUGUGUUGUACAAUACACUGUGUGUGAAGAUGGGGUCUCGCUCCUUUAUGUCGUGUAUGUAAUACCACACUUUUGGUUCAGGAAUCUUUAAAGUCAUAUAUUGACUAGGCUUUGGUAUGGUCGGCUGGGGUUCAGUUCCCAACAGGGCAAGAAUUUACUCUUCAUCUCAAUGCCCAGACAGGAUGUGGUUUGCAUUCAGCUUUCUACCCAGUGGGUACUGGGGUUCUGCCAUCAGGGGUAAAAUGACCAGGGCUUAAAACUGUCCUCUCAUCUCCAUCUAAUGCCGAGGUUAAGAGUGCAUGGAGCUAUACCUCCACUACACCGCAUGUCUGCCUUGCUCACAAAUAUUAAUGUUUUGUGCAGUUUUCCCCUCCAGAUGUGUUAAAACUGUGAACUGGUUAUACAGUUGUGGUUUUUUUUUCCACACUGUCCAUUGGGGCAACGCACAAGCCUUGUUAUUGUGUUCAUACCCAACGCUUGUAAGAAGCUAAUUCUUUUGUGUGAACAGUUGUUGCAUUCUGUUAAUUUCAUGGACACUUUCUAGCCUGCCCGGUAAUAGUUAAUUGAGGCUUGAGUUCUUUGAUUCGUUGUUUCAUGUUGUUAUUUGAAUGAUGGGGCAUUGGUUUUUGUAUUAUGUGACCAUAAACUUGUCUUAUCAUCAGGGUCUCAUAAACUGAGUAGCAGAUAUGCUGCCCUAUUUUACUACCUCAUUCUGACAGAAAAGCACAAUUUUUGUAAAAAUAAUAUUCAUUAAAUGUAAGUAGGAAAAGUGAACAUUUAUAUUUACUCACAUAAUUUAUUUGCCAUUUCGUAUUAUAAUUUGUUUAAUUAAAUGUAUAAUCGUGUGUUAGGAUAUUUAUUAGAUGUUGGUGUUAGGGACGUCCGUCGUUGGAGAAUGUUAACAGUACGAUAUUUAACUUAAUAAUAUGAGCUUGAAUCAUUACAUUUACUGUACCGUGGUGCUGAACUAUUGCAAGUCUUGGGCAUUAUUACAUGACAGUUGACUGCUUCCAGGAUGAAUUCUGGUCGGUCAGGUGCAAGCGAUUGUGAUAUAAAUAUAUGAACCUCCUACGAUUCCUACUCAUGUUGAACUGAAUGUAAGUAUUCAGACUGCCUCCGUUCUACUGUGAUUAACUUACUACAACAUACGAGAAGAAAUAUUACUAUUAUAUUAUCAUGCUACAUAUUUAAUUAUUCAUCUCACUAGUUAUGUGACAGAAAGGAAUAUACAGAAUUAUGAUCUGUACAUCAGUGACUAAUUAGUGGUCAUGGCAAUUUAUAUUACAUGUGUUUGGUAAAUGUUAAAAUAUUGUUGCUCAAAAUGUUGUCUGGUAUGAGCUAUGUGCUAGGAUUAGACAAAUUCGUGUUCGGUGUCCGGAUAAAAUUGUUGGCCGAGGAGAUGACAUCUGAUUCCAGGAUGUCAGAAGCGUAUAGUUUUAUGUCCUCAGCAAGACAAGGUAGGAAGUCGUGGUAAAAGUUGGGUUUCUAAACUCUACUGUUUGCUUUGUUGGGAAGUUUUUCUAGUUUGGUCCCAGGUAACCCAACUUUCACCACACUUCAUAGUUGUGACAUGGUGUGGUCUUGUAUUGUGAGUUACAUUAUGUAAUAUGUCCUGUAGUCUACCAGUUUUCGAGUAUGAAUGAUAAAAUUAACUUCAGGAGUCUUUGGUUGGUAUAUUUGAAGAGAGCUCUUGUUUUUAUUGACUGUGGAGUACUGGUUGCUACAAAAUUUAUGUCUCUUUAUAGUAAGGAACAGUUGUUAUGAAUCAUCAAGUGAAUGCCAAACACACAACAAGAAACAGGUACAGAAGUGUAUCGUUAUUUGAGUUUUUGUGUAUAAAGUUCAAAUAAGCAGUGUGGUCUUGCUGUAAAACACUCGUAGCCAAGAUCUGCACUCAGUUGAAUGAUGCCUUUUCUCUGGGAAGAAACCAACCAAAUGAUUUCCAUUUUCUUCAUUUAUUUAAUGUAUUUGUCACCUCAUUA